AUGCGUAGCACGCUUCUCUUGCUCUCCCUCCUCACCUCGCUGGUAUCUGCCACGCCAGCCCCCGUCUACCCGGGCUUUAAGACUCUCUGGUCAGAGGCCUUCGAAGGCAACGCCGGUGACACCCCGAACCGAAGCAGAUGGAACCUCAUCACCGACGUCCGCACAAACGGCGAAAUCCAAACUUACUCCACAUCGAACCGUAACCUCCAAAUCUCCGGCGGCGGGACCGUCCAGCUUGUCCCGCUCAAGUCGAAAUCAGGGAAAUGGACGUCGGCACGCAUCGAAACCAAGGCGACGUUCACGCCGGCGCGCGGCAAGCUGACCAUGUUCGAGGCCGCCAUCCGCUUCGGCGACAACCCGGCCUCACUCCGCCAGGGCCUCUGGCCCGCCUUUUGGAUGCUCGGCGACGCCGUCCACCACGGCACCGAAUGGCCCCUGUGCGGCGAGCUCGACAUCAUGGAGACGGUCAACGGCCUGCCCACCGCCCACGGCACCACCCACUGCGGCGUCGGCGAGAAGGGCGGGCCCUGCAACGAGCCCAUUGGUCGGGGCGGAUCGGUUGCCCUGCCCGAUAACGGCUGGCAUACCUGGACCCUGCAGGUCGAUCGCACGAAUGCGGAGGGCGGCUGGAAGGGCGAGGUCAUCCGGUGGCUGAUUGAUGGGAAGGUGUUCCAUCAGGUGAGCGGCGCGGAUCUGGGGGAUGAGGGCAUCUGGGCUACGCUGGCGCACUCGCCCAUGUUUAUGAUCCUGAAUGUGGCUGUGGGUGGGAGCUGGCCUGGUGACCCGAACGCCGCGACUGCUGGCAGCUAUGGCAGCAUGAUGGAGGUCGAGUACGUUGCUGUGUACUCGUCCUAA